AUGUCAUUGAGUUUUGAAAAUAAGGAAGAUUCUCCAGCUGCCGCUGCUGCUUCUUCUACUUCUUCUUCUAUCGAAGAAACUGCUACUUUAACUGGCACCACUGUAGAUGAUUCUGUUGACGAAACUUCAACUUCAACUGUUUCAUCCACUGUGACUCCUGCUAAGUUGCCAUCCUUAAAAGAUUUGCCACAAUUGGGUUCCAGUUAUGCUUUCACUAAUACUAAAGUUAACUGGGGUCCAAAUGUCAAACCUUCGGUUCAACCAACUGCAAACUCUGUUUCUCCAUCCCCAUCCCCAUCUUUGUCAAAUUCAAAGCCAAUGCGUUCAAAUGUCAUCCAAGAAGCUUUCACUUUGGAUUUACAAACCCAAUUGUCUAUGACAAGACCUGAAUUCGCAAAGAUCAUUCAAUCUGUUAAGCAAAAUCAUAAAGUCUCUUUGGAAUCUACUUUAUCAAAAAGCUCAAGAACUUUCUUGGUUUCUGGUAAAAGAGAAGAUGUUCAAGCUGCCAGAAGAGAAUUGGUUAAGAAAAUGACUAAACCAAUAACCCAGGUCUUCGAAAUUCCUUCUCGUUGUAGAGCUGCUAUCAUUGGUUCCGGUGGUAAGACUAUUCGUGAAAUUUCUAACGAAUUCGAAGUUAAGAUUGAUGUGGCCAAGGAUAUCAAAGAAGGUUCUUAUGACAAAGAAUUAGACGACAAUUACGCUGAAGUUACUUUACAUGGUGACGUCGCCUCAGUUAAUUUGGCUAAGAACAGAAUUCUAGAUAUCGUUAAGGAAGAAACUAAAAAUUCUGUUGUUAAAUUUAAUGUUGAUAACGAAAAAAUUUUAGGUUACGUCGAUUUAUCAGAGUUUAUUAACAGAAAUGACGAUUCAAUUAAGAUUCAAUAUUUUGAAAGAUCAGGUGAUAUUAUUAUCUCUGGUUUACGUGAAUUAGUCGGUUCCGCUAGAAAGGAUAUUGAAAGCUAUUUGUCCAAAUUAUCUAACAAUUUGGUUGAAGAAUCUGUAAAAAUCCCAGCUAAGUUCCAACUAUUAAUUAACGCUAACGAAAUUAACGAUAAAUUUAAUGUGACUGUUGUUUUCCCAACUGAUUCAUCUAGUGAAUUCGUUACCUUCAUUGGUCAACAAGAUAAGGUUUCUGAAGCUAUUGCUUACGCCAGAAGCUCAUCUAAAGAUUUUGCUGUCGAUUCUUUGGAUAUUUCUAAGUCUCAUGGUAAGAAUUUGGAUCAUGCAAGACAAUUAUCUUUAUUCUUUAAGAAGUAUGAUUCUUUUAAAUCAAUUAAUCAAGAAUACCCAGAAAUUCAAAUUCAUUUACCAGCACCAGCCAUUAUGAACGCCGCUAAUGAUGUCACUUUCACAAUCACUGCUAGAUCUAGUCAGGUUAGUGAUAUAAAAUCCGUCCGUAAGGAAAUUAUUAACUUAGUUAACAAUAUCACCCCAUUAGAUACCUUAACUGUUGACGAUUUGGAUUAUGAUUUAUUCCACAAAGACAUUAAACAUAUUUUAUUAGGUGAAGCAGAAAAUGCUGGUUUCAUCCAAAUGGGUGAUUACUUUAGCGGUAAUGACUCUUUGGUUUUGUUUGCUUUAUCUUCAAAUGAUGAUUUCAAGCCUUCUACAGAAGAAGUCCUAGAGACUUUAAAAAAGGUAAACUCUUCUUUAGAUCCGUUACGUCAAAAACAAAACAGCUUGGAAUCAGUUACUGUUGAUUUCGAAUCUGAUUCUCAAGAUGCCUUGUUAGCUAAGGGUAAGCCAACUUUGGAAUUGUUAUUGGAAGAUGUCGCUCAAGAAGAUGGUAACGUCCAAAUUAAAUUGCACAAGCCAAACAAGGACCAAUUAUUGGUCAGAGGUAACGAAAAGGCCGUUAAAAUUGUAAAGAAAGCUUUGGCUUCUAUUACUGAAUCUCCUUCUGAUAAAUCUAAAUUGGCCUUUGAAAUUCCUAGCAACACUGUUUCCAGACUAGUUGGUAACAAAGGUUCCAAUUUGCAACAAAUUCGUGAGAAAUUCGAUUGUUCUGUUAAUGUUCCAAAUGUUUCUGAAAAUUCUUCAAAGGAUACAACUGUUGAAAUUACUUUAACUGGUUUGAGCUACAACUUAGAUCAUGCCAAACACUACAUUAUGGCCGAAGCCAAGAAAUGGGCAGACAUCGUUACAAAGGAAAUGAUCAUCCCUGCUAAGUUUCACCGUAAUAUGAUUGGUAGCCAAGGUUUAUACCGUAACCGUCUACAAGAUAAGUACAACGUUCGUAUCAUUUUCCCAAAAUCUGGCGAUAUUGUUACUGUCAGAGGUCCUUCUCGUGGUGUCAACAAAGCUGUCGAUGAAAUGAAAGCCUUGCUUGACUUUGAAAUUGAAAAUGGUCAUAAGACUAUUAUCAAGGUCCCAACUGAUCAUGUUGCUAGAGUUAUUGGUAAGAGUGGUGAAACCAUCAAUGAUAUUAGAGCUGAUUUUGGUGUUGAAUUAGAUUUCCUACAAAAUGCCAAUGAUGAAGAAGCUGCUAAAAAUGGAUUUGUAGAAUUAGAAAUAACUGGUACUAGAGCUGGCAUUAAGGAUGCUACUGCCAGAGUGGAAUCAAUUGUCUCUGAAGCUUCUGAUUUUAUUACUGAAACUUUGGACGUUGACCGUAAGUACCAUAAAUUUAUUGUUGGUGCUGGUGGUCAAAACUUGAGGGAAAUUAUUUCCAAGGCAGGAGGUGAUGAAAUCAGAAACAAAUCAGUACAACUUCCAAACAAUGACUCUGAAGAAACCAAAAUCACUGUUCAAGGUCCAAAGAAGUUUGUCCAAACAGUUGUCAAACAAAUUCAACAAACCGUUUCAGACAUUGAUAACAGAGUAACUAAAGAGUUAGACAUCCCAACUGAGAGACAAGGUGCUUUAAUUGGUCCAGGUGGUAUUAUCCGUCAUCAAUUGGAAUCUGAAUUUAACAUUAGUUUGGAUGUUCCAAACAAGGGUGAAGUUGGUAAGGUUAAGAUCAGUGGUCUGUCAGAAAAUAUAGAUAAGGCUGAAAAGAAGAUUAUGAAUGAAAUUAUCAGAGACAACUUCGAUGUUGAACUACAAGUUCCAGCUUCUGUUCAUGAAUUUGUUUCUGAACGUGGUGCCUUCAUCCAAAAGUUGAGAUUUGACCAAUACGUUGGUAUUAGACAUGGUAACAGCAAUAGAAGAGCCAACAAACUUUCACGUACUGAGUUGGUUAUUCCAGUCGAAAAGGCUUCUGGUGCAGGAUCUGAUGAAAAGAUUAAGAUCACUAUUGAAGAAGCUUCCUUGCCACAUGCUUCUGAAGAAGGUACUAUUCCUUGGAGGUUGAGCUAUGAACCAAUUGACUCUACUGGAUUAUUCGAUGAUGAAGAGAACAAAGAAGAAAAGAAAGAAGAAAAAGAUGUCAAGGCUUUGAAAGAAGAAGCUAUCAAGAAGGCUACCAAAUUAAUCGAAGAUAGAAUUGCCUUAGCUGAAAAAGCCAAUUUUGUAGCUUAUAUCUGGAGCUCUGAUGCAAGAAAAUUCAACAAGAUUGUUGGCCCAGGUGGUUCUAACGUCAAAAAGAUUAGAGAAAACACUGGUACAAUAAUCAAUGUUCCAAAGAGAUCCGAUAAAGUAAAUGACAUUAUUUACGUUAGAGGUACAAAAGAAGGUGUCGAAAAAGCUGCUGAAUCAAUCGUCAAAUCUCUAAAAUAG